GAUCACAGACUGCAGACACGGCACAGGAGAUGGUCAGAGACUGCAGACACGGUACAAGAAGUGGUCAGUCACUGCAGACAUGGCAUAUGAGAUGGUCAGAGACUGUGGUCAUGAUACAUGAGAUGGUCAGAGACUGCGGACAUGGUAUAGGAGAUGGUCAUAGAGUGCAGGAAUGGUAUAUGAGAUGGUUAGAGACUGCAGACAUGAUACAAGAGAUGGUCAGAGACUGCAGACAUAGUACAAGAGAUGGUCAGAGACUGCGGACAUGGUACAGGAGACGGUCAGAGACUGUGGACAUGGUACAGGAGACGGUCAGAGACUGCGGACAUGGUACAGGAGACGACCAGAGACUGUGAACAUGGUACAGGAGAUGGUCCGAGACUGUGGACAUGAUAGAGGAGACAGUCAAAGAGUGCAGGAAUUGUAUAUGAGAUGGUCAGAGAGACUGCAGACAUGAUACAAGAGGUGGUCA